CCACCACGUUCCACUGGUUCUCCCAUGUAUCCAGCUCGAGGAUCUCUUUGGUGAUAACUUCAUGACGAGCUGAAAAAACAGAAGCAACAACAGCAGGCAUCAGGAGCCAAAUCAAACGGGACCAAAGAGCUCCAGAAGUUUGUUAGAAAGCAAACUCAAAGCAGAAGCUGCUGCACCUUAUCUACAGACAGAGCAAGAUCCUUUCUGAAGUCUUGUAUCAAAGGAAGGACAAGCAGCAUGGCUUCAAAAUGCAAAGGUCAUUCCUCCAGAAUGCCAGAGGAAAGUUCGCCAAAGCGGAGUCCUCAGAACAUCCCAUACAAGGACCUGCCCCACAUCGUCAAUGCUGAUGGGCAGUAUCUCUUCUGCAGGUAUUGGAAGCCAGCAGCAACUCCCAGGGCCCUCGUGUUUAUCGCUCAUGGUGCUGGGGAACACUGCGGCCGCUAUGACGACUUGGCCCAGAGGCUGACAGGACUUAACUUGUUUGUUUUUGCCCAUGACCAUGUUGGCCACGGGCAGAGCGAGGGCGAUCGUAUGGUUGUCUCAGAUUUCCACGUCUUCAUCAGGGACAGCUUGCAGCACAUUGAUCUCAUGAAGAAAGAGCACCCCGAGCUGCCCAUUCUCAUUCUGGGGCACUCCAUGGGAGGAGCCAUCUCCAUUCUGACAGCUAGUGAGAGACCCAGUGAGUUUUCAGGCAUGCUGUUAAUCUCUCCUUUAGUGGUAGCCAGCCCAGAAGUCGCCACUCCCAUCAAGGUUUUUGCAGCAAAAGUGCUCAACUUUGUUCUCCCAAACCUGUCACUGGGGUCGAUAGAUCCAAAUGCAAUUUCCCGGAACAAGAAGGAGAUGGAGUCUUACACUUCCGAUCCCUUGGUUUACCAUGGCGGCAUGAAGGUCUCCUUCGUCAUCCAGCUGAUGAACGCCAUUGCCAGAAUCGAGCGAGCUCUGCCCAAGCUGACUUUGCCCAUCCUGGUGCUACACGGCUCUUCUGACAAGCUCUGCGACAUCAAAGGGUCAUAUUUACUGAUGGACACAGUGCAGAGUCAGGACAAAACGCUCAAGGUGUAUGAGGAAGCCUAUCAUGCCCUCCACAAAGAGCUGCCUGAGGUCUCUACCUCUGUCUUCACAGAAAUACUAACGUGGAUUGGCCAGAAGGUCUCAGCAGCUGGGGAAACCAGCCAUACUUAAGAGCAAUUGGUUUUGCAGCUCUUACUGGGGUUUUCUGGGAAUAGAUGCUUUUCUUAAUAGAAGUCUCUCUGAAAAAGAUAAGGGAAGGUGGGGGGAGAGGCACAGGGUGGGGCAUUUUGCAUUUGCUGAUGUAAACGGCCAUUGCUCUACUCUGGAGAAGAAUUGGUGGCUGUGGGAGCAGCCCUCAAAGCUUUCCAGAGCGGGUGACUGGACUGAAAUGCCCCCACCCACCAAACCUCCCCCACCACCCCCCUUCUCUGCUUGCGCUGGGGUGACAGGGGUGUAUUUAUACUGCAAUAAUUUUUGGUAUGUUAAAGAAGUCAGUAUCUUCCACUUCAUGGUUCUGAUUCCAGGUGUGUACAGGCCCUUCCCUGUCCCCACCAUCCAGUACCUUAAAAGCCCUGGUCCUUGAGAGGAGAGCAGUGAGGAAGGUGCUGGGUAACGAGGAGGCUAAAGAUGGAGCUGGGAUGCUGGUUUCCACGGCCAGAGCCCUUUGGAUACGGCCCUUUUCAAACAGAACCAGGAGAGACCAUAAAGACAGCGCCCCCCCCGCCCCUGCACAGCCUCCCUGAGUGUGCACUCGGCCAAAGGGGGUUGAACAGCUCUUUAGUUUUCAUCAUCAGAGCACGAGCCCAGUGGGGAGAGGACGAAUGUGGACUCAAACCCACUUAGCACAUUCAAAACCCACGCUUCCCCCAAUGCCAAGCCUUGUCUCUUCUGUAAAAUGAACUACUAUGUAAAUAUUCCUAGGGGCUGCUUUUUUUCCUUCCUCACCCCCCCCAUUUUUUUAUUCUUUUGGAAUUAAUAAUUUGCUCUACUGAAACUGAAAAAGCAAAGUCAAAGUUAUAAGAGAAUAUAGUAAUAUAAUAUAUGAUGUAUAUAGAGGUGGCUGGGAAGAAAUGGGAGGAGAGUCUAAAGAAGGGGUUAAUUGUUCUUUCUCCUGGCAAGGAAUCGGGUUGUCCUACCGGGAUCCAGUCCUCUCACCAUAACUUCACAGUCAUAAUCUGUUGUUUUCCUUCAUCAGUUGGAAAAUGUCCUGAAAAUAAUGCUAGAGAGAAGCACAGAGCAUCUGGUGGGUGGGGAUUAGCUGUGGGGGUCCUCACGGUCCACCGGGUUAGCAGGAGCCCCACAGCGUGGGCAGAGAUCCCGGCCCAGCUGCCCCCGGGGCUCCGGAGGAGCAGGAGAGCCAGGAGCUGAGGGCUGGGCAGACCAGGGGGCACCCCGCCACCCAGCACCCGCACCGGGGUGCAGCCAAGCCGGUCCUGGAGCCGCUCGGCUCUGGCAGCUGCAGGGCGGGAGCAAAGGCUCUGGAGGCGGAUGCGGGGCCGGAGCCGUGCAGCCAGCGCAGCCUGGCUCUGUGGGCACCUCCUGACCCUGCUGGGGUUGAGCGGCGCCUCUCCCUCAGUUCUGCAAGACCCCCGCGAGCGUCGCACCGCCCGCGGGGCCAGAGCAGCCCCAGGGCUGGAUCCCACCUGGCCAGUCGGGGGUCACCCGCCUCUCCUCCCUUUGGAACCAGUUCUGGCAAGAUUCCAGACCGGGGCCUCUGUGCAAUAACCCUCAGAAUCUGGGCUGGGGCUGCUCGGCUGAAGGAUGUGUAGACGCAGGUGAUGGCCUCGUGACUCCUGAAGGGGCCUGGGUCAGGAAAGCUUUUGUACAGGUCGAUCCAGGCACUUUCACACUUUGUAUUUUCUUGCCUCUGAAGAGAGGAACGUGCUGUCAUUCUCCAGCAACACCAGCUUUGGAUUCAAGUACAAUUCCAGUGCAAUCAGCUGUGCUCACCAGCCCCUGCUACACCUCUGGGGACACUUUGCUGUGGGAAGGAGGCGACGCACAGGCCCUGCUCUGCAUCAUCCAGCAGCCUGCCUUGCUGCAACUUCUCCGAGCAAGAUCCCUCCUUGCCACAUGCUGCUGGGGAAAGACAGCAAGAGAAACACUACAGUGGUGAAAAACCUCACCUUCUGCUUCAGCUGGAAGGGGAAUCAAGUAGGCGUGUUCCAGUGGUGACAGACGUUGCGGGGGUAGGAGCAGGAUGAUAAGGAUGGGAUUUUUGAAAGCACUUUUCCCGAGGAAGUCAGGAGUUAAUCAGUGCUCACAUUCUUUACAUCCUUUCCCAAAUUGACAAGCACUUUGUGGGGGUACGCGACCCUCCAGCAGGGAGGUCAGAGCCCGUCUGCUCCCUCCAACCUGGCUUCAGGCAGAGGAAGGUCCGUGGUCAGUGCCUUUGCUCAAAUGUGUCCUUUCGCCCCAGAAACCUCUGCAGCCCAGCAGAAACAUAAGGAAACCAGUUACAUUGACCCAGGGGAGUCCUGUCCCUCUGCCUAGCUAAGCUCAGCAGUGGCAUGUGGCCUGGGGAAGCUCUAUUUGCAAAUCAGGUUAACAAACAAAAAGUUGAAAGAACAGCAGCAACAAAACCACCCAAAUAAGCCCCAAGCCCUGGCACUGCAGUUUAUUGCCACUCGCAGCCAGUUUUCUGAAGAGUUUACCUUCUGAGGAAAUGAACACAGGGAAACCUGCCC